AUGUUCAACACUUUAAACCUUAGUUAAUAUCUUCACAGUCAAAUGAAUAAUUCUAUGAAUCCUCAAAAUUUCACUUAACCUUUAACCUCUUCAUAACUACCAAGACAUGAUGCUCAAGAAAUGAUCCAAUCAGUUAUUAAUUAACCUGAAGAGGAGAUGAAUAUUGAAAAACUAGACCAAAAUAACAGCGGAGACCUGGACGGAAUGGUAAAAAGGGAAAGCUAUGCGUGCAUUCCAGCUUAGUAGACCAUAAAACAAGAGUUUAAAAGGGAAUCUCCACAUGUAAAGAUAAGUGUUUAUAAAUAACAUCAACUGGCUAGUUAAAAAUUUUAUAUCCUCCAAGAUGACAAAAUCAUCGGCGGAAAUUAAGUGCAUAAAAAUGAAAUCUAAAUUAUAAGAAGAAAGAAAGCUGAAGAUAACAACUUGGAUUUCGGUCUUUCUGGUUAAGAAUCUAAUGUUGAAUUAAUCCCCUGCAAAAUUUUAACUAAAUACGGAUUUCUCUAUUCGAGCAGGAUCACUUCUGAAAUUCUUGUUCUUCUUUCGUUGAAGUACUUACCACAAGGAUAAAGUUUGCAUUCUAAAAUCGCUAAAUUACCCUCAAAUGUGUUCAGACUCAUUCAUCAAUUUAUCAAAGUAAAACCAAAAUUCUUUGUUUAAGAUUGUGGAACCUCUCUCAAAACAUUGGUUAGGAUACAAAAAGACAAGCCAAAAAGAAUGCAAUUGAACAACAAAUACUUAAUUGGAUCUGAUUUAUACUUCAAUGUUGUUUAGUUAAUCUCAAAUCCAAAAUCUACUCACAAACAAAACUUAGAAACUGAUAAUGAUUAUUUUUUCUAAACUCUUGUUAGAGAACAUGCAAGAGAUAGAUCCAGAAUACACGGAUUAACCAAAGAGGAACAGGAAAUGUUUUAAUGUAUUGAUAUUUGA